UUACAUCUAACCACCCCACAGAGCAGGGCUUGAAAUUUCCACUCGCCUGCUCGCCAAUGGUGAGUGGAAAUUAUGGUGGAGGCGAGUGUGUCCCCCAGGGCUGUCUUGCUGAGCAGGCUCGGAGCUCAGGCCGGAUCUGUCAUUGGUACUGGGAGCCGUCAGACUCCUCAAUAGCUGAGUGCAGUGAAAGCAAAGGAAGGAGUGUGUGCUGUGCUCUCUGCUUCCCCCUAGAGUGCAGUACCCGGCUCUGUGAGUGAACAACAAAGUACUGCAACUUUUUUAGUGUGUGCGUGUGUGCGUGGGUGCGUGCGUGCAGCGAGUAACUCUUAAGCAGUCAAAUGUCUUCUGCUGCUGUCAAUCACAGCUCUGUAAGAAGAGAGCAGGGGGCAGGACUGAGCUGUGCUAUGUGUGUGUGUGUCUAUG